AGGGAAAAGGUAGAGAAUUUCUAUUCUAUCUUGGCAGCCACUCUUGGAAAAGGCCAUGCAUUGAUCAUCUCCUGGGAUUAGGCCUGUUUUCAACCUCCACCCACGUCUUUCUCAUUCUAGCCUCUCUUUUCUUUCCUUUUCUUUACUAUUAACAAAGAAAUGAUAUCUCAUAUAUAGCCUUGUGUUAUUUUAAAUUCCAAAUUCUAGAACACCCAUUUUUUCUCUGCUUGUUUGCUUGAAAAUGCAACAUUCCUGAUCUCUAUAACCAAAAAAAAAAAAAACUGCAUUCUAAAACAGAGAGCUGAGCAGGAAAAUAUGGGAGAAAAUUCAUCGGAAAAGAAACCAGGUUGUGGGAUAUUGAAUGCAGUUUUUGGGAAGCGUAGUUUUUGGCCUAGAAGGUCUACUUCUACAGGUUCAUUGCCUAUCAACGACAACAACAAUGUUAAAACAGCAAACUCAAAGAGGCGGCGGAGUGGUUCCGAUGAGGCUUCCUUUUUUAACUCUUCGGUGAAUGGACCAGAAGUACCAACAAAACCCUGCACGAAACCGCCUCCAAAUCACCCUAAGCCACCUGUGGCACAUCAACAACAAAACCAGUUUCGGAAACCUCCUGAUCAAGUAGCCAGAACAACACCUAACCAAGGAUAUGUCAACCCUGGUAGAAGGGUGCCUAAAGAAGCCAUUACUAUCUCCGGUGAGCUCGAAAGCAUGAUUGUUGAUCAUCAAAAAACAAAAGGAAAUUGCAAUCUUGUUCGAGCCUCAUCGAGUAAUAUGAUGCUUUAUGGCAAUUUAGGCAACUUGAGGCAACCUGGAGGACGAGGAGGAAACAUUAAUUCAUAUAACGUUCUUGAUCAACUCCCUAAGACUGCAAGAGAGGAUGUGCCAACACCCAAUGGGAUAUAUCCCAACAGUGUAAUGGGAAAUGUGGUGAAGAAACCGGUCGAGGAAAGGCGUACGGAAGAACAGCCUGCUUCUCUAUGCCGAGCUCUUUCUACAAGAAUGGACCCUGAAACUUUGAAAAUCAUGGGAAAUGAAGAUUAUAAGAAUGGGAAUUUUGCGGAAGCCUUGGCUUUAUAUGAAGCUGCCAUCGCCAUUGAUUCAAAUAAGGCUGCAUACCGAAGCAACAAAAGUGCUGCCCUAGCAGCUUUAGGCAGGAUUCUUGAGGCAGUUUUUGAAUGCAGAGAAGCCAUUCGAAUUGAACCUCACUAUCACAGAGCUCACCAUAGAUUGGCAAACUUAUAUCUCAGAUUAGGGGAAGUGGAAAACGCAAUAUAUCACUACAAGCAUGCAGGCCUUGAGGCUGACCGUGAAGACAUUGCUAAAGCUAAAACUCUUCAGGCACAUUUAAACAAAUGUACUAAAGCUAAAAGGCUAAGAGAUUGGAACACCCUGGUCAAAGAAACAGAUUCAACUAUUAAUGCCGGUGCAGAUUCAGCCCUACAGAUAUAUGCAUUGAAAGCCGAGGCCUUGUUGAAGCUCCACAGACACCAAGAGGCCGAUGAAGCAUUAAUGAAAAGUCCAUAUUUCAAUACUGAUGACUGCACUAAAUACUUCGGCCCUAUUGGAAAUGCGAAUUUGCUAGUUGUUCGAGCUCAGGUGGACAUGGCCGCCGGCAGAUUUGAUGAUGCAUUGGCUGCGAUUCAGCGAGCUGUUAGGCUUGACUCGAACAACAAAGAAGCACACACUGUAAUGAGGAAAGCUAGAGCUGUGGCAGCCGCUCGAUCAAGUGGCAAUGAGCAUUUCAAGGCAUCUAAAUUCUCCGAAGCAUGUGUUGCAUACGGCGAGGGGCUUGAUCAUGACCCACACAACUCCGUCUUGUUGUGCAACCGAGCAGCUUGUUUGUCCAAGCUUGGCCACUACGGAAAGGCAAUACAGGACUGCACCCAUGCCCUUAACGUCCGCCCUGGUUACAGCAAAGCUAGACUGAGAAGAGCCGAUUGCAAUUCCAAGUUGGGGAAAUGGGAAGCUUCAAUACAAGACUACGAGAUCUUACAAAGAGAAACACCGGACAACGAGGAGGUGAAACAGGGCUUGACCGAGGCUCAAAUGCAACUUAAGAAACAACAUAGUGAGGUUGCAUUGUAAGACGAGAAGAGUACGAUGGAGCUUGAUUAACACGAAAGGUAGACCCGACAUGGAGAAAAAAGAGAACGAAGCUCAAAGGCAGCGACAAAAGACAGAGCAGACAAGAAAUUAGGAAGAACUAGUUUCGUGAUAGUGUUGCCUGUUGAGAGCAAAUGCCAAGUUAAGAGCUUAAACGAUUAUCGAGGAUGAAACACAUUAUGCUUUGUUAUUAUAAAGAAUUUGAAAGCGAAAUUU